GGCAUGUGAAGCCUCGCGCGUCUCACAAAUCCUGCUUUCCCCCAGCAAUCUUGCAGGGGAAGAAUGAUGAGGCAAGGAAGAGGUCAGGUAGGGAUGGGGUUGUGGUAUGUAUUGGCAAUGAUAUUUCAUCUUCUCGUGUCUUGCUUUUCACCUUCUCCUUCUCGUUCUCAUCGACCUUUCCACAACAUCGAUUUAGUAAGAGAAGGUCAAUUCCAUCACGAUCAUAACCAUGUGGCACCCAUCCACCAUCCUUCUCGCCAUUAUCCUCUCUUCGGCAGCUCUUCUUGCGGGCUACAUCUUCCUCUUUGGCAUUCCACCCUCCCUCAAGCGCUGGCUCGAGGAGGAAGUGUUGGAGAAGAUGGGCGAGAAUAAAGCGUCGUACAUGGCCAAGUCUGCCGUCGACAAGCUACCUGCCGCCGAUCAAGACGAGAUCAAAGGUCUCCGCAGCGGCGUCAAAGACAUCAUGGGCGAAGGCUUGCAGAACCCCCUGGGCAAAUUCGCGGGCAAUCUUGGCGACGAUGCAACGAAGCCGGCAACUGGCCGCUAAGGACAGGAAGAGUCUCGCACGUGCGUGUCACGUAAUGCUGCAGUGAAACUACGGACGAGAUCAUCGUCGAGAAAAGGGUUAUGGGGAAUGCAAGCAGACAAUAGCAAUGUUUGAAGC